GCAAAGAGGCGCACGAUCCGGAGGCAGAGGCAAUAGCUGCGGCUGAAGAGGACUCUUCGGAUGAGGAUGGGGAUCCACUUGAAAUGCUUCGCGGUCACAUCCCAGAGGAGCAUGACCCAAGCGCACUGUAUGGGCAAGAAGAGUAUGACUGGGACCACCACAAGGAGGCCUUCGACCGCCUCCUGGUGGAUCACGAGGUCGUGCAAGAAACGCCAUCGGUCGAAUGGGAGGACUUCUUUUCUCCGGAAGUGCUGGCCGUGGUGCAGCUUCAGGGUAACCAGUACCAACUGCUCGACAACCCAUUUGGAAAUCUGGGCGGCAACUGGGCAACUGCCCUGGCAAGUGCUGCGGAUGCCAAGAUUACCGUCAGCAUGCAGGAGGCUUCGAUUGAGGCUGCCACACCGACAGCGCGACGGAAGGCCGAGCUUCUCAUCAAGAAGUUCUUGGAGUUCAUGGAAUCUGGAGGCAUCCUUGUCGAUCCCAACAGCAAGCACAGCUUCAUGACUCUCCUGAAGUGGACGCCAAGGAGGGAGGACAGGGAGCUGCUGAAGGAUUUCACUGCCAACUAUCAGGUGCUCGCCGUUCCAGCUCGAGCCUUCGUCGAGGAGCCGGCGGUGGUUUUUGGCGAAGGAAGAAUUGUCGAGGUGAAAGACGACAGAGGCAACUGGACGCCUGCCAUCGUCAAGAAGGAGCCGAGCGAAGUUUCGCGCCGGGUUUGGGUGCUGCCCGUGGAUUCGAACCUGCAGAAGGAGGUGGAGGUCGAGAACAUCCGAAUCGGCUUCGACAUGGUGGCUAUCUUCGGUGAGAAGCAGAGUCGAGCUUGCGUGCAACUCGCUCUGAUGAGUCACAUGUGGAAGGAGAAGCCGGGCUUUGACUUCGGCAAGCUGUCUGCUGUCGAGCUCAGUGAGGAUGACACCUGGGGAACUCUUCGGUACUACUUCGGCAAGGAAAAAACUGGCUACAAUGAUGACUGGUUGUCUGCCCACGCACCUCUCAUCGAGAAGGUGGUGCAACAAGCAAGUGGCACAGCAGUUGCUAUCCUUGGCCAGCUGGUUCUGAGCACGGGCUUCCGAUGGGAGCGCUCAUGCGCUGUCUCCAUGAUCAAGGAUAUGCUGGUGGCUCACGAGCAGCACGGCGAGAUACCACCCUUCAAAGAGGACCGCCUCUGCAGCAUUCGCUUACGCGUGGCUCGGCAGAGCAUUCCCCAUGUGGUGUGGCGAAGGCCUGGAGCAGUUCUGCCGGAAGAGGACGACUUUCAGGUCCUCAUCCUGCGGAGCAGCAAGGGCGAGGAGAGCAGGGAUGCAUCUUCAUAUCGGGCUGGAGUUCGAGUGGAAGUAGCUGAUCGAGGAAGAUGGCACGAAGCCACGGUGGCCGAAAAGGGCCCCGAGGAGGAUGCCACGAAGGUGAAGGUCAUCUGGGAAGACAGCUCGAUAUCCGAGCACGAAUCGCAUCAGGUCAGGUUCGUGCCGGUGGAUGACGUACUCAUUAUAUAUGCAGCAGAGGCCGUGAGGCGAGAGCGCGCUGCUCUCCAUUUCCUUGCAAAGACGGCCGCGACUGCAAGUGAUGGCGGCACAAAAGCCCUGAGGGACAUGGGCAAGCUCAAGACGGUUAACAAGGAGAGUGUGCAGACAGAGCAGGUUGAGCAAGAGAAGGGCAGCGCGGAUCUUCUCAAGAAGGUCGUCAAGCGAGUUGCCAGGGCGUCGCUUUGCGGAGUGGAGGCAGUGGCUGACUGCGUUGUACUGCAUGGAGAGGAGAAGGCAAGAGAGCGCGCCAAGUUCCUGCUUAAGCUGGCGCUGCAACAGCAGGGAGAUCCCUUGGCUGAGUUGGUAAAGCCCGACGACAUCAGUGCAAUCAGCGUCAUGGAUGUGUCCGAGCAAGAAGUGAAGGCACUGACUGCAGAGAUGGUGGAAGAGGUGGAGAAGGAGGCUCGAGUGUAUGUCUUCAUCAGAGAUGAUACGAGCCAGCAGCAGUACAAGUACAACGACAAGAUCGAGUUUCUUUGGGUCCAAGACGGUCAGCCAGAGUCGAGUGGCAAGUGGAGCGACGGCCAAUUUGUCCGGCGAUGCAUCGGCGAGGGCAACGCAGUCAAAGUGAGAUACGAGCACCAGCAGAAGCAGUUUGAGACCGUGGUGCCACUCAGAUGUGUCAGGCCAGAGCAGAGCCGGCGCGCCAAGCCUGGCAUGUGCAUCUACAGUUGUCAUCCAGGCAGCCUACGCUUUGGCGUAAGUCUCGCAACGCGCCUUCUACAGGCGCGACUGCGGGAUUCCAUGGGGCGAGCUUCCACUGGUCAAGCGUGGUAUCGUAACAAGGGAUCCGGCGGCGGCGGAAAGGGCGGAGGAAAGUGGCAAGGACAAGGGCAACAGAAAAGCAACUGGGGAGACCAGAAGUCCAACGGCGACUGGCAAAAGAAUGAUUGGCGAUCGAACAACAGACAAGAUUGGGGCCAGCGAGACGAUUGGAAGCAGAAGAAGGACUGGAAGCAGGAUGAUUGGCCGAAGAAGGAUUGGAACAAGUCACAAAACUGGAGCAAGCAAGAUGACAACUCAUCGUGGAAGCAGGGUGAUUCCUGGGGCCAAGACAACUGGAAGCAGAAGGAGUCUACCUGGCAGUCCGACAACAAGCAGGCUUGGGGCGGCCAGUCCAACUCGAGCUGGUCCUACAAUGACUCAGGUCAUGGUGCCCAGCAGGAGCAGCAAGAAGAGUUGCACAUACUUGGGGGCGCGCCAAUGCUCUCCAUGGAUGAAGCCGCUCGGGAAGCUGAGGAGAUCGAAAGACAAUGGGGCAAAUAUUGGAGCGACGUGGAUGAUAGCCAGAUUCCCUCGCAAGUGGCCAUGUGGGAAAUCAACCAGACCAGGUUCUUUGGGAGGGCAAGUCGCCUGCCCGGCCACUGGCUCCGGAUGAUUUCCAAGAAAACCAGGAAGAUGUACUACACAAAUGUUAAAAACAUGGCCAGCACCUUCGACGUGAGGGAUUGCUUCCUUCACGCUCGUGCGGAGGAAGCGGUAGCG